AUGUCCUUCUUAGAGAAAAUGUCUACUUCAGAUUUGAUGGAGAACCUUAGGGAAGAACUGACCUGUUUCAUCUGCUUGGACUAUUUCACCAGCCCAGUGACCACUGAAUGUGGACACAGCUUUUGCCUGGUGUGUCUCCUGAGGAGCUGGGAGCAACAUAACACUCCUUUUUCUUGUCCUGAGUGCUGGAGGACCUUGGAGGCCCCUCACUUCCAGCCCAAUGAGCGUCUGGGGAGGCUGGCUGGCAUCGGCAAGCAACUCAGGUCCCAGGUGCUGCAGAGUGAGGACCAACAAGGCCCCUAUGGGAGAAUGCUGGCAGCCACUAUGAUGCACCCUGGGGAUGAUCAGGGUGUAAACGCUUUCUCAUCCCAGUGUCAUGGAAUAAACAGAAUGUCUCUCUCCAAUGAAGCUGAGGAGCAUCACAAAGAGAAACUCCAGGAAAUCUUCAAUCUUUUGUGUAAAAAGAAAAAGGAAACUCAGGUUAUGUUAACCCAUGAGAAGGAGAGAGUGAUACUGUGUAAGGAAGAGACAAAGAAUUGUAAACAGGUUGUUGUGUCCGAAUAUGUAAAAAUGCACCAGUUCCUGAAAGAGGAGGAGCAGCUACAUCUGCAGCUGCUGGAAAAGGAGGAAAGAGAGAACCUGAAGAAACUGAGGGACAAUGAGAUCAAGCUGAUCCAGCAAGUAAGGGGCCUGAGCAAAAUGAUUGGUCAGAUAGAGUCCAUGUGUCAGAACUCGAGUAUAGCAUCUUUAGAGGAGAUGGAAGAAGCACUGGAAAGGAGUGAGCCACUGUUGCUUCAGUGUCCAGAGACCACCAGCACAGAGCUGAGUCUGUGCCACAUCACCGGAAUGAGGGAGAUGCUAAGAAAAUUCCACGCAGAUAUAACUCUGGAUCCAGACACAGCCAAUGCCUACCUUGUCUUGUCCGAGGAUCUGAAAAGUGUGAGAUAUGGAGGUAUCCGACAGAAGCUACCUGACAACCCAGAGAGAUUUGACCAGUCUGCAACUGUGUUGGGUGCUCAGAGCUUCACCUGCGGGAGACACUACUGGGAGGUGGAAGUCGGAAACAAGACGGAGUGGGAAGUGGGCAUCUGUAAGGACUCCGUAAGCAGAAAGGGGAAUCUCCCCAAGCCCCCCGGAGACCUCUUCUCACUUAUCGGCUUAAAAAUUGGAGAUGAUUAUAGCCUUUGGGUCUCAUCACCUUUGAAAGGUCAACAUGUCAGAGAGCCUGUGCAAAAGGUCGGUGUGUUCUUAGACUAUGAGUCUGGACACAUAGCAUUCUACAAUGUGACAGAUGAGUCUCUCAUCUACAGCUUCCCUCCGGACUCCUUCGAAGAGGCACUCAGACCUAUAUUUUCUCCUUGCCUCCCAAAUGAAGGGACGAACACAGGCCCCCUUACCAUCUGCUCACUGAAUAGCUAUGUCUGA